UGAAGAUGGUGUUGCGGGUUGCGAGUCUUGCAUCUCUAGUCGGCAGAAGCAGACUCUUCACAAACCAAAGUUGUAGAUCACCAAGGCGGUAUCUGUCAAGCUCGCCCCAGCAUGACCCUUUGCGUGUACUCUUCUGUGGCGCCGAUGAAUUCAGCAUAUAUUCGCUGAGGGCUCUGAACAAAAUCAGAGAAGAAAACCCUGACAAAGUAGCUUCCAUCGAUGUGGUCUGCAGGAAGGACAAGCGUGUUGGUCGAGGACUGAAGCAGAUUCGUGAAGUCCCAAUCAAGAGUGUGGCAGGCACUGAGCUGGCUCUCAAUGUACAUCAGAUUGACACAUUCACUGGCUGGACACCACCACAGCCUUUCAACAUGGUAGUCGCUGUUUCCUUUGGCUUGCUUGUCCCGCCGCGUAUUCUGAAUGCAGCCAAGUACGGCGGUCUUAAUGUGCACCCUUCGAUGCUUCCCGAUUUCCAUUCAGCUNUGCCUGGUCCAGCGCCUCUGCAUCACACAUUAUUGCGACGGCUAAACAAAACUGGUGUAACCUUACAAACAUUGCAUCCCAAGCAUUUCGAUCAGGGCAGAAUCAUUGAUCAGACCCCUGCUCCUGGAACCUCCGUUCCGGACGAAGCAUCGGCCACUCUAGACUCACUACUGGCUUGGAUUGGCCCGCUCGGUGCUGACAUGCUCUACACCAACAUCAUGAAUGGCAGUUUUGCCACAGGCACGGACAAGAAGCCUGCAGCCAGUCGAAGCCUCAAGAAUACAAAGAACGAUCUGUUCGGUCAAUUGGACGGGUCAUCUGAGUAUCCUCGCCAUGCCAGAAAAAUCGUACCAGAAGACCGACACGUCAACUUCCGCUGGCCAUCUUCCGAGAUCUUGUUGAGAGAUCGUGUGCUUGGUCGAUUAUUCGCCCUAGAUACAGGUCUUGCACCCACAAAACGAGUCACCUUCUCCGGAUUUGAGGACACGACCGAUGGUUGCUGGGACCAAGUUCAAGCCAAGGGUCCUAUCCUCAGGAUGGGCAAUCACCCUCUCGAUCCUGGUGCGAUUUCAAUCUUCCGACAUGACAAAGAGAAGCGCAUAUACUUCCGCACCAAGGAUGGCUGGGUCAGCCCGACAGAUAUCACGAUUGAGGGUAGUCCGAAGCAGAAAGCGACUGUCAUAUACGAGAAGCUGAGGCAAACGAUGCCUGUGACUUGUUGC